ACUCUCAAGCAUGUUACUUGAACCAUGGCGAAACUGUUUCUAUACACGAUUUGAACAGGUGAGUAAAAAGGUGUUGAUAAUAAAAUACUGACAAAUUGUAUUGAUAGCGUUGAUAGCAAAAAUGGCACUUGAUAUCCAAGAUUAUAAUAUGGAUGAGGAAGAAGAUCUGCAAGCAAGCCAAUGGUAUGGAGUGAGAGAAGCUACAUUAUUUCUUGUUGAUGCAACAUCAAAAAUGUUUGAGAUAGAACCAGAAACCCAGCGCAGUCAUAUCCAAAAGUUUUUUAAGCUCUAUAAGCAAAUUCUUCGACAAAAACUAGCAUGGAAUAUGCAAGAUUGGAUGGGUGUAGUAUUAUUUGGUACUGAAGAAAAUAAUAUAGAUCCAGAAUGGAAGAAUCUUCAUUCCUUGCAAGAACUGAAAGCUGUCACAUUGGAUGAUUUGCAACAAAUCAGAAAACUAACAAAAAAUGGCUUGAAGGGCAUACAGAGUAUGAAAUCUGAAGAUGUAUAUCCACUUCGUGAUGCACUGUCAUAUGCCAUGGAUAUCUUCUUAAAGAUAAAAACAGUCCUUACCAAGCGCAGAAUAGUUUUGAUCACUUGUCAUACUCCUAAAUUCGCAGAUGAUGAAAAACAACGUAUCAUGCGUAUCAUAAAAGCAAAUUUAGACAUUAAAUUCUAUGUCAUUGGUUUAACAAAAAAUUGGGAAGAAUUGCACGCUCAAUUUUACAAAGAUUUAGAAAUACUUUCAAGAGAAAUAGAGGUAGAUGUUUAUAGAACAACAUCGUUAGUAGACCUGGUGCAACAGAUUAAAGCACCAUCCAAGAAUAUCGCCCGCUUAUGUUUCCAGAUGUGUGAUGGUCUGGAACUUGAUUUGGUUGUGCGUACUCUGGGCAGGAAACGUAGAAGCUUGCAAACAAAAACCUUGAGCAAAGCAACUAAUCAAGUUUUAUCGAGAUCAACAUUUUUCAAGAACGAAGAUUCUUACGAGGAGGACAACAGUGAUAAUGAGGAAUUACCUUUUAUAAUACCAGAGGACCUUCAUCAAGAAACUAAGGAGUUAAUUGGUGGUAAAAAACUACAUUUCCUCCAAAAGGAGCUUUCCAGAAUAAAACAUUUAUAUCCACCAGGUAUAAAGGUUAUAGGCAUAAAGCCUAUACCCAAUGAUCUCUUUAGAUAUCAUGUUAAGCGAAAGUAUUUUAUCAGAGCAGAUUAUAGUAGCACUCGUAAAGAUAAUCUUUUGUUUUUUGGCGCUUUAUUAAACAAAUGUGCUGCUAAAGGAAAAAUGAUUGUUUGCGCAUUCACAUUGCGGAUGAAUACACAAACCAAUCUCUGCUACAUGAUUCCAAAUGCUGAAUUGGGUGGUUUUUAUCUAUCAAAAAUUGCGUACCAAGGAACCAUAGGAGAUAAGAGUAAAGCACUAUAUUAUUAUGAUACGCAAAAUCGGGUAUCCGAUAAAGAAGUCAAAUUGUGGAAAAAAGCCAUCAAUCAGCUCAACAUUGAAAAUUAUCAUCCAUAUAUGUUCAGAUCCUACAACUUGGAAUGUCAAAUACAAAUAGUAGAGAAAUUAGCUCUAGAUAAGAAAGCUGGUCCUCCGCCAAUCGAUUCCAUCGAGCAAUCCUUUUUAAAAGCCUACAAGAAAGCAGCAGAUUUAAUGCCUGAGUUUAAGAAUAUGUAUCCCGACAUAAACAGAUCCGAUGGUCCAUCAAAAGCGAAAAGACCUAAAAAAACUAAUAAGGCAUAAUAAUUAUUUUAUAUAAAUAUGAAUAUAUGUAAAAUAUUGAUUGUA